AAAGAAAAGAAUAGUGGCUGGAGUCAACGAAAUCGUGACGACACCAUUCGAAGGACUUGUUUGUUUAACUACGACUGAGUAUAUCGUAAUUCGUUCGUCCAUUAGCAUUGCUUAGGGUUUUGGAACAGAUUCAAUUCAGCGUUACUUCAAUCCAAGCACAUGGCGAAAGGAAAGCAUACGCAUACCCGAGCACAGGGGAAGAAGUGGUCAACGUUCUCGCUGGUUCUGUGGGCGCUUUUCUUCCUCACACUCAUCCUCGUCGUGCUCCUUGCUCUCGGCAUUGUUUAUCUUCCAACUACCGACGACGAUUUUCCAACCACGGAUCUCAGCGCCUUCAGGCGCAAGACCUCUCAAAGUGCCGAGAGUUUGGUGGAAAAUCCGCCGGAGCAGUGGACCGAGAUUCUCUCCUGGGAGCCUAGAGCGUUCAUCUAUCACAAUUUUCUGUCAAAAGAAGAAUGUGAGUACUUGAUUGAACUUGCCAAACCUCAAAUGGCAAAAUCGAGUGUUGUUGAUAGCAAGACUGGGAAGAGUACAGAAAGCAGGGUUCGAACCAGUUCAGGAAUGUUCUUGAAGAGAGGAAAGGACAAAAUUGUCCAGAAUAUAGAGAAAAGAAUUGCUGACUUUACCUUCAUACCUGAAGAGAAUGGAGAAGGACUUCAAAUUCUUCACUACGAAGUAGGACAAAAAUAUGAGCCUCACUAUGAUUACUUCCUUGAUGAGUUCAACACUAAGAAUGGAGGCCAACGUAUUGCUACAGUUCUUAUGUACCUUUCAGAUGUUGAAGAAGGCGGUGAGACUGUAUUUCCGGCUGCCAAUGCAAAUUUUAGUUCUGUGCCUUGGUGGAAUGAUUUAUCCCAAUGUGCAAGAAAGGGUCUCUCAGUGAAACCAAAAAUGGGUGAUGCUCUGCUAUUUUGGAGCAUGAGGCCUGAUGCCACACUAGAUCCAUCUAGUUUACAUGGUGGUUGCCCAGUAAUUAAAGGAAAUAAAUGGUCUUCAACAAAGUGGAUGCAUCUUCGUGAGUACAAGGUUUGACCCAUCAACUGCACAGGAUUAACGUGGUACAGGGUGAGUAUUUCAUCACAUUUUGGAUUGGAUAAACACAAGUUCAGUGCAUUUCAUGUUCACCUUUUAUGCUACCUAGUGAUGUUCCCCUUUGCUCAGGUGCGCCAGCAUUUUCUUCACUUGUAGAAUAAACCAUUUGGUUUCUCUUUCUCAUGGAUAGACAAUUUUGGCAUUGCCAAGGGAAAAAAGAAUACUUUCAGUUAAUGAUCUGAGUUUUAGUCUUGUAGAGUUUUCAAGCGAAUAUGUCUAUUAGGUAAGAGGCUCACCAGGGAGUGAUGUGUUGAAUACAAGUAGAGAUAAAUUUGCAAUUUACUGGGGAGUGAUGUGUUGAAUACAAGUAGAGAUAAAUUUGCAAUUUAGCAUAGUGAAAGGAUGGUAUGUUGGUCAUAGAUAAGUUUUUGAGAAUGUGCUAUAUUUCACAGAAGUAAGAAAAACAAUAAUUUUUUUAGUUUGUACAGAAGUUCCCCCCUCCAGUGUUCGUGUAAUUAUUUUUAUUAUUCAACCAUGUGUUGUUUCUUCGUUUAAAUAGUCCAUGUUUAUGUCAUUAUUAUAGUCUAUCUCAUUUGAUUAUAUGAC